GGGGAGCGCUUUCUGGUUCCAGCUUCCAGUCGGGGACGCGCACCCUGUGUAAGAGGCAGCGGCUGUAGCGCGUCCUUUCUCCGCUCUGUACCACCGGCACCGUUACUGCCCUCGGUUAUAAUGCGCCUUCUCCCCUCUAUGCCGCUCUUCAUAGAGACACCCUAGGCAGCCGGGGGCAGGGAGAGGGGGCGCCCGGGGACCGUUAUCAACUGAUUUUCGUUUAAACCUUUCCUUGUUUUUGGAGAUUUUGACGGAUAAAUAACCUGUGUGUGAUGGCUACGGAUUCCGGAGAGCCAGCAAGUACGGAUGAAUCUGACAAAGCAGCUGGCUUUUCAUUACAAAAUAAUCUGUGCUCCCAGGAAGGUUCCUUAACCAAACAGGCAAGCAUGGAGGAAAGUGACAAACCUUGCUCAUCUGCAGGGACCAGUGAAAAGAAACGUUUCUUUAGAAAAAGCGUGGACAUUACAGAGGAUGACAGGAUGUUGGAGCAGUCUCUAAAAGAUGAGAAAAGCACUGAUCCUCUGAGCCCACAGCUGAUGGAGGCACAUUCAACAAAGGCUGCUGGUGCAGCACAAGAAGGGAAAAAUGAUGCCAAAGCUAAUUCAGAGGCCUGUAAAGACUCUCCUAGAGAGAAAACUGAAAGGGAGAUGGAGGAAGAGGCUGAAAUGAAAGCCGUGGCUACCUCUCCAAGUGGCAGAUUUCUAAAGUUUGACAUUGAAUUGGGCCGAGGGGCCUUUAAGACAGUCUUCAAAGGACUUGACACUGAAACUUGGGUAGAAGUUGCCUGGUGUGAGCUGCAGGACAGGAAGUUAACCAAAGCAGAGCAGCAACGAUUUAAAGAAGAGGCCGAGAUGUUAAAGGGCCUUCAGCACCCAAAUAUUGUGCGGUUUUAUGAUUCCUGGGAGUCUUCGCUGAAGGGAAAAAAAUGUAUAGUUUUGGUCACAGAACUUAUGACAUCUGGCACUUUGAAAACUUAUUUGAAAAGAUUUAAGGUAAUGAAGCCAAAGGUGUUACGGAGCUGGUGCCGGCAGAUCUUGAAGGGACUUCAGUUCCUGCACACCAGGACACCUCCUAUAAUCCAUCGUGAUCUGAAAUGCGACAACAUUUUCAUCACUGGUCCCACAGGCUCAGUGAAGAUUGGGGACCUUGGUCUGGCCACCCUGAUGCGUACAUCAUUUGCAAAGAGUGUAAUUGGAACACCAGAAUUCAUGGCCCCAGAAAUGUAUGAAGAGCAUUACGACGAGUCAGUGGAUGUCUAUGCAUUUGGCAUGUGCAUGCUGGAAAUGGCUACAUCAGAAUACCCAUACUCAGAAUGCCAGAAUGCAGCUCAGAUCUACCGCAAAGUAACCAGCGGAAUCAAACCUGCCAGCUUCAAUAAGGUGUCUGAUCCUGAGGUAAAGGAAAUAAUUGAAAGCUGCAUCCGUCAGAACAAGGCUGAAAGGUUAUCGAUAAAAGAACUUCUAAAUCAUGCUUUCUUUGCUGAAGACACUGGCUUGCGAGUUGAACUUGCUGAAGAAGAUCAUUGUACAGAUUCAUCUCUGGCCUUGAGACUUUGGGUGGAGGAUCCAAAAAAGCUAAAAGGAAAACAUAAAGAUAAUGAAGCUAUUGAGUUCAGUUUUAACUUAGACACGGACAACCCUGAUGAAGUGGCAUGUGAGAUGGUGAAAUCUGGAUUUUUUCAUGAAAGUGACAGUAAGGCUGUGUCCAAAUCUAUACGAGACAGAGUGUGUCUUAUCAAGAAAACAAGAGAGCGGAGGAUACUGACGGGGUAUUCUGAGGACCGGCGUGAUUCGCAAAGCAGAAUUGGAGGGGCAACACCUGCUCAGGUAGCAGUUCCCAUUCCUGCAGUGUACCAACAACCAGCUGGACACGAGAGUGAAGAAACGGAGGUAGACCAGCAUGUACGCCAGCAACUACUGCAACAGCAGCAGCUUCAGCAGUGCUCUACAGUCACAGUGUGCUCAACAGUCCCUGCUGACAGUCAUUCGGAAGCAGGGGCAGGAUCUGUCAUGCAUUCGGAUACUACAAGCCAGCACAGUGCAGUAUAUGCUAUGAGCCAUGAACAGCUGAGUUGCCAGCAAGUGUCUGGGGUGCCUCAGGUAGAAAGUAGUCAUGUGGGGCAAGUCUACCAGUCCCAGCAAGUAGUGGGGCAGUAUCAACAAACACAGCAGGUUACUCAGCCGCAAAUGCUUCCUGCACAAUGCCUUGCUCAGCCUGUCUCAUCUUAUCUUCAGUCAGCAGCGGAAGGGCAGCUUGGCACACAGUGCCUGGAUGCGAAGAUGACGUUUGCUGCAAAUGGGAAUACUCUUUCGCAGUGUAACGCUUUAGAUCCUUCAGUGAUGUCAGUAUUGCAGUCAUCCUUUUCUUCGUUGUCCCCUAAAAUAAUACCUGGACAAAUGACAUCACAGCAAGCAGGGGCUGUUAUGCAGCUGGAUGCUACUAUGACUGGAAUACAAAUUGUUACACCUGCUGCAACGGACACCCAAGUUCCUGCCCUUCUUCCUGUCUGCCACCCAGCUUUACUGGGUCAAUACAGCAGCAACAUUCAGAAUGUGCUGCAUCCAUCUCAGACUGUCCAUGGGGCACCAGUUGGUCCUCAGCAGACGCAGCACCCUGGAGCAUCUGUGCAGCAACCAAUAAUUCCUACUUCAGAUACUUUAAAUUAUUCAGCAACGCUUCAGCCCAAUAUCCAGAUACCAUCUCACAUAGAGCAUCUGCAAAUCUCUCAGCAGUCUAGUUACCAUCCUUCACUGCCUCCACAGCAACUUAUAUUGCAGCCUGCACUCACAGAACAACCCCGAAAUCAAAACUUUUCUGAUGCUGUUAAAGUUGAAGCUGUCCCACAACAACUACACAUGGAACCCCAUUCAGAACAGUUAGUAUUCAAUGCAAAGACCUCGUCUCUGCAUGGUGAGAUGACAUCAUUUGAACCAUCUGGGCAUUUACAGCAGUCUCUCACCUUGAAUUCCUUGAAUGUGCGUGAACAGUCUUCAUAUGCCCAGCCUCCAUUACCUCACCUCGGAGUGCAACAACUUUCCAGAGAUGUGGAACAAGUAGCAAAAACAGUCAUGAACAAUCCUCCAGAACAACCACUAUACAUUCAGAUUCCCCCACUGGACACAUAUGGACAACAGUCUGUUAUUGGUUCUGAUCAGAUGAUAUAUACUCAGAAAGUUAUUCCAUCUGAUCAGCCUUUAUUUUUAGAAAGUACUUCCCACUUGACUAAUCAGUCAGUGUAUACCCAACAGAGUAUGCAAGCUUCAAAUCAACAUAAUUUUGUGCAACAAGCCAUACAAACAUCUGAGCAGUUGAUAUAUGCCCACCCUGCUCUAGCGACUCCUGAUCAGACUGUGUACACUGAAAAAAAUGCACCAUCAGCAGAACAGCCAAUAUUUGUACAGCAGGUUGUCUCGUCUGAACAACCAGCAUACACACAACAGGUUAUAUCUGCUGAGCAGAAAGGCACACAGCCAGCUAUUCCUGCAGAGCAGCCAUUGUACACCCAACAAACUGUUCCAGCUGAGCAGCCAGUGUAUACUCAGCAAGUUAUUCAAUCGGAACAGCCAGCUCACGAACAGCAAGGUAUACUUGCUCAGCAGCCAGUGUAUGCACAGCAAGGUAUUCCAACUCAACCAGUGUACAUACAGCAAAAUUUUGCAGCUCAGCACCAAGUGUACACACAACAAAGCAAUUCCGCUGAGACACCAAUAUACACACAAAAGAAUAUUCAAACUGACCAAGCAGUUUACACACAGCAAGCUGUCGUUAAAACUGAACAAACAGGAUUCACCCAGCAUGCUGAGCAAAAAGUGCUUGUACUCCAAGCAGACCAGACGAUAUACGCACCGCAACAGCCAAUCCAAGUACAGCAAGCCGUUCAUCUAAAAGAGCAGCCAUAUUAUGCACAGCAAGCAGCAGCUCACAUUCAGCAGUCUGCAUCUGCUGAGCAAACACAAUAUCCACAGUCUGCUUUAUCUGCCGAGCAGUCCGUAUACUCACAGCAAACUGUAUCUGCUGGGCAGUCUGGAUAUCCACAGCAAGCUUUGUCUGCCAAACAACCGCUAUAUAUCCAGCAAGCAGUGUCUGCUGGGCAGCCAGUAUAUCCACAUCUGUCUGUAUCCACUGAGCAGCCACAAUAUACACAACACAUUGUUCCCUCUGAUAAACAAAUAUAUACACAGCAAACUGUACCUGCUGAGCAGAGAGUGUACCCUCAGCAUAUCGUAUCAACUGAACAACCAAUGUAUUCACAACAAGUUCUAUCAGCUGAGCGUCCAGCAUAUACACAUCAAGUUGCAGCACAUCCUGAACGCCUGGUAUGCAUCCAACAAGUCCUUCAGCCCACAGAACACCCUGCAUAUGCUUUACAGUCUAUGCCAUCCUCAGACAGACCUGUAUAUCAACAAGAAUCUGCUUUGCUUUCUGGCCAUAUGAACACCCAGCCAACUAUUCCAGCUCAUACUCAAAUUCUGUACACACAAGAGGCAUUUAUGCCAACAGAACAGCAGCCAUAUAACCUACAAACUGACAGCCCAAUAUAUAUCCAACCAGUUGCUGGUGCUUCUCAUCAGGUACCUGAACAAUCGGCCCCUAUUGAAUCAGUAUAUAAACAGUCAGCUUCACAGAUGUCAUAUCCUCAGCAUGCAGUAUCUUCAUCUGAUACACAAAUGUAUGCAAGCAAGACGGUGGCUGCAAGUGCUCAGCUUGUGUAUGCUGUUCCACCAGCAGAACAGGUGUACAUUCAGCAGACAGGUUCUCUUUCUGAGCAACAACAGUAUGCCAGUCAAGCUGCUGUUCAGUCUGACAAGUCAGUUUAUAGCUCUCAAACUAUACCCCCAGCACAACAAGCUAUUUAUACACAAGCACAUCAUGCUGUAAUAUCUGCAGAAAAGCCAGUGUUGCACUCCCAAAAUGUGGAAUCUGUUCCUCAGCAGACCUCUUUAAAUGCUUCAGAUGGUCUGUGGUGUAUUCAGAAGUCACUGCCUCCUUCAGAGCAGAUAGCUUACACUCUGCAUCCUGCACCAUCUGGAGUGCCAUCAGUUUGUGCUCAGCAGAUGGUUCCCCUUGAACAGCUGGUAAACCCAAAUUUGCCAUCUAAUAUUAUGCCACCUCAAGAGUUUAGGUCAGAGCAGCUUACUGAGAGUCAGUUGUAUGCACAACAACACAUUCAGUCUCCAAGACCACUUCCAUCAAUAAUGCAGUCACAAGAGCAUGGGGCAAGUCACACACCCCCUCCUUUACAGACUGCAGACAAUCAAAGCUAUGCAAAUUCCUUUGGUAAUCAACAAGGAGGUCAAGUGUUGCUACAGCCAGAUCUUUUGAACAAACCUUUACCUGUCCAACACCAAGCCUUAACUCAGUUACCAUUAGGUCAGUCUGAUGUGCAUUCAUCAGAUCAAAUGAGCACUGCAUUGCCUUCACAAGAGCCUUUGAACCAGGCCUCACAUGUGCAGCCACAGCAUAUACCAGGAACUGCACCUCAAGCCCAAAGUAAUUCAGCAUUUCAACAGAUGCAACCUUUCUCAAGUCAAACCCAGUCAACAUGCAUUGAGCAACCAACAUCUCUUACGCAUUUGCAGCAACAUCCCCCUGUUCAGGUAGCUGGGACAGAUAAUCCCCAGUCAUGUUCAGGAUCUAUGCUUCAACAGAUAAUUCCACCUGGGUAUGCUUCGCAGCCAGUUUCACAACAGGUGUGGCCAUCUUCAACUCCAGUCUUUUCAGAAUCUCUCUUAAAGCAUCAGGAUGUUUACCAAAGUGCGGUGGCGGCACCACAGACUCAAUACAAAGAACCAGAGUCAGAGCAGAGUUUGCAGUCUGCAUGCCAAGCAGGGGCACCUGAACAGCAUGUGUUUCAGAAACAAGAUUCUCUUCAGAGUAAUGCUCAUGGUGACUGUGCCAAAGACAGCCCAGGUGCACACGACAACACAGCUGGAAAUGGCAAGCAAGAUAAAAUGAAACAACGGCGAGCUUCCUGCCCCCGGCCUGAAAAAAUAGCCAGAUUUAUCCUUACUGUAAUGCAGGUAUCAACCUCUGGAGAUAAUAUGGUUGAGUGCCAGCUGGAAACUCAUAACAACAAGAUGGUGACUUUUAAAUUUGAUGCAGAUGGUGAUGCUCCGGAAGAUAUUGCCCAUUAUAUGGUGGAAGAUGACUUUGUGCUGGAAGUUGAGAAAGAGAAGUUUGUCGAGGAGCUUAGGAAUAUAGUUACACAGGCCCAGGAGAUACUGCGCAGCAUACCCGCUGAGGAGAGAACUGAAUUGAUACAGUCAGAGUCUAACAGUCAGGCUGGAUCCUCAGAUCAUGUACAGAUGGGAGUCCCAACAUUCCAGCAAACGGGGGGUGAAACGGUUCCACAGUCCUCCCCAGUUGGGCGCUGGAGGUUUUUCAUCAAUCAGACCAUAAGGAACCGCGAAUCUCAGACCUCCUCUGUUUCACAGUCUGCUGUGAUCAGGGUUCCUCAAUUAGCCACAUUAGAUAAUGAACAAGCAAGUCUCCCUAAGGAUUCUUCAGCAGACAGCUGUUCUCUUAAAUCUGAGCAUACAGUGCCGACUGUUCUUCUUCAGCCAACAGAUGGUCAUGCUUUCCCUACUGAGACUGAACCUUUGACUCUCCCUACUUAUGUGACAGUUGGAAGUGAAAUGUUAUCAUCUCCAUUGGACUGUAAUGCCUCAACUUUAGGUCAGAUUCAGCUAGAACCUAGAAACUGUGGUAGUAAUAUACUUGUGCUAGCAGAGAGCCAGCAGCCAGAAAUACCUUCAUCUUUUGAUCAGGACGUCCAAGGAGCAAAUGGCCUGGUUAACACAACUGAGACCAGUACUGGACACUUACCGGCACAAAGCACUACAGGCUUGUUACUUGGCUUAACUAUGUCAGAUGCUCUUCAUCCAGUUGAUACAACUGUGUUGCCCCAGACUCCCUUGUCAGAAGUUUCCUUAGCGCACUCUGCAUCAGUGCAAGAGUCUGACACUGAAGGACCCCCUAAAAUAGACUAUGUGGAUAAUCACAUCAAAACGUUGGAUGAGAAAUUAAGAACUUUGUUAUAUCAGGACAGCUCUGCCAGCUCUUAUGCUGACAGCCAAAAGGAAACACAGAGUAUAGAAUCUCCCUUAUCUUCAUCUGCUGAGGAUACUUUGUCGUGUCCUGUCCAUGAAGCCCUCGAUGUGAAUACUGCCGGUGUGCAGGCCACUCCAGAGGAGGCAGACGCUAAUGACCCUCCAGCGCAAAGAGAUCCUGGAGAAGUCAUCACAGUACCUGGUACACUAACACCAUCAGAGAGUUCAGAAGAUGCCUGGGUUCCUGGAAGUUCCUCCCACGCUUGUUCCAAGCGCUCUAUGGGUACUGGAGCCACGCAUCUGCAAUCAGGAGGUGGAUAUUUUGGCCUAAGCUUUACUUGUCCUAGUCUCAAAAAUCCCAUUAGCAAGAAACCGUGGGCUCGCAAAUUAAAAAGCUGGGCAUGCAGAUUGCGGCAUUCCAACAGCUUAUUCAAGAGGUCAAGAGUCCGGCAAGUUGAAGAGGAGGGAGUGAGACUGGACAUAUCUGAUGCCACACAAAGAGUUGUUGAAGCAUUUGCUGAAUGUGCCUUGUCAGAAGGGUCGCCAUCAAAAAACGGCACCUUCAAGCGUGGCCGUUUCCAGGUUGUUUCCGUUCCACAGCAAGAGCAGCCCACUGCAAAUGAAUCAGCUGGUGCUCCAGAUACCAAAUACCCAGGUAACUCUCUUUUACAAGAAACUGGAUCCGCAAAUACAAAAGCAGAAGACACUCCGCAGUCUGCCAGCACAGCAUGUGAGACUGAUGCCUCCUCCCUCACACCUGAUAGAGAACUGGAUGAAACCUCAGCCAAUGGCAGCAGUGUUCAGUCAAGUUCAGCCUUGUGGAUGAAAGAUAUCAAGAAGCCGAGCAGCUGUAAUAAACAGCUAAGCAGUGAUUCUGAACAAUCUACUACUCCGGACAGGCCCCUGGAAUUUAAAGGGAGAGAAAAAGAUGCGGGGCAGCAACCCCAGGGAGAGAAAAUGUAUAACCAGAAACAGAAUUCCUUCUUUCACUCUCCAUCUUCCCCCAUGAGCAGUGAUGACGAGUCCGAGUUAGAAGAUGAAGAUUUGAAAGUGGAACUUCAGAAGCUCCGAGAAAAGCACAUUCAAGAGGUGGUGACCCUUCAAACCCAGCAAAACCACGAGCUCCAGGAGCUGUAUGUACGCUUGAAGUCUUUAAGGGAAAGCAAAGCACAGUCUUCAGAUACCUCUUCCCAGCCAUUAUCCCCCCGUCGCCCAAGGUCUCUAAAGAGUAAACUGCGCAGCAGGCCCCAGUCCCUCACUCACAUGGACAAUGGGAUCGGGCUUUCAGACCACCAGUGCAGCGAGAGCAAUUCCGAUGCUUGCCAGCAGUCCUUGUCUGAGAAGAAGAGCAUGUUCACGGAUGACUUUCAUAAGCUGGUGGAUGACUGGGCAAAGGAAAAUGCUGGCAACCAAGUUUUGAAACCCAGUCUGAAUCAGAUCAAGCAGAAUCAAAGUCGCCUAGAGUCUGAUAACUGGGGUCGGACCUAUGAGAGUAUGACAGCCACAUCAGGCUAUCCACCUGCAUGGAUCCCUCAGAUUCAUGGCUCUUUGCCAGCUGCUGUCUCUCAGUCUCUCGUGCCCACCAACUUUACAGCUGGAGCGAUGCCAGCAUACCAAGUGCCACCAGCCUGCCAAUUCACUUCAGUGAGCAGUAGUGGUUAUCCUGUACCAUGGUCUGCGCAAGCACCAGUAGUCCCUCCCCAGCAUCUCACAGCAUACCAGCCUGGCGUCGGAGUUCAAACUUUUGCAACCUCAACAGCUCAGAAGGCAACUACAAUCCCAACAUCUCCAAAAUGAUGUCCAUGACUCUGACCUGGGGCUUUUCAGUGGAAUGUUCCCUUAUUUCCUCUAACUAAAGAAACUGCCCUCAGGCUACUUUUGUUUGCUUGUUUGUUUACCUCUUUUGGGGAGUUACAAGGGUGUGCGGCCUUUUCAUGAUUAUACCUUUCUCCAGGGGUUGGUCUAAUCACCAUUUAACAUUUUGCAGUGGUGUAGGUUGUUUUAAGAUCUUCACCAAAUGCUAAUUAUUUUCACUUCAUAAAAUAUUAAGCUUUUUAUUCCUAACAGGGAUAAAAAGAAAACAUCUCAUAAGGCAGUUAAAUGUGCCAUACAGCCCAAUGAAUGUGUUCCAACCUAGCAGGAAAAUAUGCUGGGCAGAUCUUGUACUGUAGCUGACUGCUUUCCCAAAGUACCUCAUAAGCCUUUAUCAUAACGUUACGCACAGCACAACCAUAUUGCCACCAGAUUCAUUUGAGGAUUUUCAUUUGUUGCUGUAUUUCAUUGCUGAAAUGAGCAGCCUACUCACAAAUCCUUAAUAUUUUGUUUUGAUUGUUUCCUGGCAGUCAUACCUUUUUGGGUGGUAAGUCCCUACGUUUACAGGUGUGCAGUUGUUCUGCAUUUUAGUAACAGAAAGUCAGCCCUGGCUGCAUUCUUUCUUACUAGAUAAUCUGCCACUUUUGUUUAAUACAAACCUGAGAUGACAGUUACAAUUCUAUGUUGAAUUGCUUUAUUUGUAUUUAAUAUCUCCCUUCAGUGGCUUAACCCUUCAAGAUAUGAACUGAAGGAGAAUAAAUGCCCUCUCCACCAUGUUGUUUGGCCUUCUCUGGAGCAGAGUAUAAGCCCCAUUGCCUUUCCCAUUGUCCCUUGAUUUACUCCAAUAAUUCUUUUAACAAAGGACCCUUUUUUCCCCGUAUAUGUCUUUUUGCACAAGUGCUGCUUCUGCUCUGCCCGCAGACUCUUGCUGUGCCUUUGGAGGGUAUUGUAUAUUCUACCAUUUCUGAAAUCGGCCAUUAGCAAAUUUGUAUGUCGGUGUGCUUACACCAUCUCUCAAACUGAGGAAUUUUUAUAGUUUAGCAUGUAGAUAAGGUUUUAUACUUGAAUAUUCAGUGUGAAUUUUGUUUUUAUAACUUUUUUUCAUUUCUGACAUAGGCUAUACAAGUGUGCACACAGCAGGCAUAGUCAAUAUUAAAAUCCAAACCUUUCCUGUUGCCUUCUCUGAGUAGCAAAUUCCUAUAGUUACGUCGAAGGCCAUACUUUAUCUCUUCACUUUUGAUGGGGAAUUAACAUACAUGGAGGUAAAGAAAAACUGAACUUCAUUUAGCACCUUGUGUCAGGCUAACACUCAAAACUGCAAUACCAAAAUCACCAAGGGUUAUCAACAUAGGUAAUAGCAGGUAAUAGCAACAUAGUCAAGUGCAAAGGAGUAUUUUAUUAUUUGAUUUAGCCUAUGUUUCUCAGAAUCCCUAAAGUUUUUCUUGUAUUUAAAGGAUUAGUAAACAUUUGAAUUAAGUGAAUGUAAAAUUAAUGAAAGUGCUAUUCUAAGAAUUUUUGCAAUUAACAUUUUAAUUAUUUUUUUUUUAAUUCUAAGAUAUUAAGGGAAAAAGUACUGUCACUAUUAAUACAUUUUGUCACAAUAGCACAACCCGCUGGUCAAUUUCCAGCCAUGAUGUUGUCAGAAUAAAGAAUGAUGUUCUGAAUAGGAAGAUAUGAGAAAAGUUAUCCUGAGGUUUCUAAUGUUUUCCUUAACCAUAAAAUCAGAUCAGCCCUCUUCAUUUAGUUCUUUACCCCUCAAUAUCUUGAAAUUAAAAAUAAAUAAGUAAUGUAAAUUGCAAAAGUAAUCUCAUUAAUUUUACAUUCACUUAUUUUAAAGGUUUACUUAUCCUUUAAAGAAAAGGGCACUUAGACCAUAGUGCUAGAGCACUGGGUUGCUUAUAGUAUUAAUGUGUCACUUGUUUCAAAUAAGCCCCCCUCGCACCUUUGUCAAACAUCAGUCUAAUAUAUUUGGCCUGAAUUCAAAAUACAAAACAAACAUUUAAAGAAAAAUUAUUUUAUGUUGUUGAACAUAGGUGUAUAUUGUGUCUUUAAUAUCACCGUUACUCUUGUGCUGCCCAGAGUUGUUUGUGGGAGGAAAGAAUUGAAGCCUGGGGACCCGUUUUCCUGGCGUGCAAAAAAAAUAUUAUAUUUCUGUGGAAAGGUGUAUUUUCCCUGACUCUGUCAGGAAACAUAUAGAAACACUGUUUUGUAGAAUGUAUGAUUUCAAAACUCAAUUCUGCUUAAGCGACUUGUAUGUUUUUUGUUUUUUUUUAAAUAUAUAUAUUUUUAUCUACCUCGUUUUGUAGUGCCCAUCUGGGCAGUGGAUCUGCAUAGUGAUAUGGUUGCCUACCAGAGAGGCUCUUCCUUGUAUCUCCUGCCUUCCUCUCUGUUGUUCAGUGUUUUUUUCAGCUGACCACCGACUGCCUGUUUGUGCCACAAGUAUGUCCUUUGUAUCUUUAGUGGCCUUUACAUAAAAAAAUAUAAACAGGGAAGCAGAGAAGAUAUCCGUGCAAGCGCAUAAAGAUUUUGUAACUGUGUGUAUGUGUAUAUAUAUUAUAUAUACAUAUACAUAUACACAUCAAAAGAAUGUUCUCUGCCAAUUACCAUUUCCCAAAGAGGCUAUGUUUGUGAUGAGUAAGUAGCCAUGACAGCUUGGGGACAGGUGGCCACAAUCCUGCAGAACAUGUUUUUGUUUUAAAAGAGGGACUUUUUGGUUCUGAGGGCUAUGUGGUUGAUUUCUAGAAGUUAAAAAAGGCAAGUUUGAGUAGUUUUAAUAGAUGGACACUUUUCAAACCCUGUGCUGUUCAUUGCGGGACUCUCUCAAUAUAGAAUUAGUCUUGAUCUUGCUUGACCUGGCGUUGGAAAAUGUCAAGAUCAUAGUUUAAAGACCCAUGUUCUCUCUCUUUUUUUUUUAUAUAUUUCUCCUUUGUUUUUGUACAGAAAUUUGUAUACAUUGUGGUGAAGUGUUUGAAAAUGUUGUCAAUUUAAUGGCGUAUUGCUUUCUGUAACAUUGAGUCUGGAGACGCUGUGGGGCCCAGUCCUCUAUGGCACGUAUGGCUGUGAUUAUCAUUGUACUGUUUGUGUGUAAAGUGCUUUGUUAGCAUUUAAAGCUGUAUAA